GUAGUACUUCGAAGUUCUAAAACGAUGAAGGUGCUUCUGUUGAUAGCUUGUAUAAUUGCAGCUGCUUCUGCGUCCGCAGAUACACGUGCUGCGGAACCAUGUUCCUCAGCAGUUUGUAAAAUUGAAGAUACAUGCAGAUGUUCAGGCUCCACACCUCCAAUUACCCUCGCGGAUGUUCCGCAAUUGAUUACCUUGGCUUUCAAUGAUGCUGUUACCGAUGUAAUUUAUACUACUUAUUUAGUUGAGAUUUUAAAACGCACUAACCGCGAUGGUGUUCAAAUUGGUGCAUCUUUCUAUGUUCCACACGAAUACUCCGAUUAUGCAAGAGUAGUUGAUUUAUACAACAAAGGUAUGGAUAUCGGUGUUCAUUCUAUUAGUAAGAACCCCGAAAGCGAUUAUUGGAAGCAAGCUUCUGAAGAUACUUUGUACGAUGAGUUCUUUGGACAAAGAGAGAUUUUGAAUGCCUUUGCUGGCAUUCCAAUUGAGGAAAUCGUAGGUGGUCGUACUCCAGGAUUUGAAAUUAACGGUGACAGAACAUUCAGAGCCUAUGAACGAGCGGGUAUUCUCUAUGAUAAUUCUUGGGUACUAAGGAGUAAUACUAGAUUAUAUCCAUUCAGUUUGCAUUACAAAGCAACUCAACCCAGCCAAAUUGGAGCAACCCCAGCUGAUGCCUUCACUAAAACUUGGGUAUUACCUAUUAUUGAUCUUAUUGAUAUGGCCAAUAAUGAAUGUAACGCAAUUGCAGCUUGCUCAAUUCAAGCUGAUUCUGCCGACGAUGUAAAAGCUUGGUUAAUGGAACAAUUUAAAAGGCAUUACAAUAACAACAAAGCUCCACUCACAUUGAAUAUUAAUGCUGCUUGGUUUGCAUUCAGCGAAUACAACCUUCCAGGAUUCUUAGCGUUCAUGGAUGAUCUUCGCGUUGAUUACCCGGAUGUGUUCUUUGUGGAUCAUAAACAAGUAAUAGCUUGGAUGUUUAACCCAGUCACAAGUGCCCAAUUCGCUACGACUGUCACAGAGAAAUCACUUACGUGCUCAAACACUUUGUGUCCUUUGUAUAAAGGAACAGAAUUGCGUUACAUGAAAACUUGUACAUAUUGUCCAGAUACUUACCCAUGGGUAGGCAAUCCAUUAGGUGAAUUUUAAGACGAUUUUGGCUUACCAUUUGGUGAAAUAAUAAAUUAUUAUAUUUGAAAAACAUUUUUUGUUGUU